AUGUCCAUUUCCAAACAGGGUCGACCUUAUACGAUGUUUGUUGAAGAUUAUGAGAAGAAAGGAUUGACUGGAAACGAUCGAUUCGAAGGUUAUUGCAUUGAUUUAAUGAACGAGAUUGCAAAAAGACUUCAGUUUAAAUAUGUUAUCCGUUUGGUUGAGGAUCGAGCUUAUGGUCGGCGAAACGAGAAUGGAGAAUGGAAUAAAGCUGACAUUGCUGUGGCUGAUUUAACGAUUAAUUAUGAACGUGAAUCUGCUGUAGACUUUACCAUGCCAUUUAUGAACCUUGGAAUCGGUAUUCUUUCUCGGAUAUAA